AGCUAACUAACUGAUUCUGAUUCUGAUUUUCGGGGAUUUACUAUCCCUUCGGUGUGGGUGUGAUCGAGUUCAAGGACUCGCGACUAACUUGUUCCAGUUUCUAAAACAGUCAGCCCCAAAUAAUGUGACCAAUGUGACCAGUGAAUUAGAAUAUCCAAGAGCAAAACAAAAUCAAGAACUCCCGCAGAUGCCGCAUUUGCAGCUCCAAGUUCUUCAGCGUUUCAUCCAAGUCCCGGUUUAAUUUGCAGCUCCAGUUUCGCGCUCGGUUCUCUGGGUUUCCCUGCAAUUUCCGCGAUUUCCUUCUUUUGUUCCCUUCGUUCCGUUUUCGCGUCGCGGUUUGUUAUUGUCAACUUUCGUUUUCGUGCGGUUUUUCGCGGCUUUUCUAACGGUCCAACGACGGACGGCAAAUGGAUAGUGAAACUGGCUUGGAUUUCCAAUAGCUUCUAAGUACUCAGCAUUUUCCGAGGGAAACUCUCGAGAAAGGACAUGGAUUAACAACUAAGCUUUCAAUCAAAGGAUUUGAGAACAACGGCGGCCACAACAACACAAAAUACUUUGGAAGCUCUUUAAGCAACUUAAAAAAAAAAAAAAAACCUUUCGGCCCAAAAUCAAAAUUGAAAACCAAACGAACAAAAGGCGUAAAAUGAAUUAGGCUAAACACACAACUUAUAUGAAAUAUAAAUAUUAUUACUAUUAAAGCCAAUAACAAGUAACGCGCUAAUGUUUAAUUAAUCGUUAAGUCCAGAACCCAAACAAACAAACAAACGGAAGACAAAGAUUUUUAAGCCUACGCAUAAGUACAAUUUACUAGACAUAAAUACUUAAAUUAUUUUUAUAUCCGACGACAUAUUACAAGCAAAUUCAAUUGAGAAACGAAGCAUAAACCAGAGUACAAAAACUUAAUCAAUUUACAACAAGCAAGCGUCAAAUAUUAUCAACCACAAACAGCAAGUAAUUAAUAACGUAAAUAAAACAACAACAACAACGCAUACGAAAUACAAAUUUUACAAAUUACAAAUUUACAAAGAUUUUUUAAAGAAAAACCAAAACCAAACCAAGUCUGCUACAAAUUAAAUCAAAUAUCAAAAUACAAAUUUUUGCCUAGCUGCCGUUUUACAAACAAACAAAAGAAUAAAGUACAAAACAACCAACCACAAAUCUUAAACAAUUUUUAAACAACAAUUUAAUAAAGCACUUUACAAAGAAGAACACCAUAACAAGUAAAUAUUCAAAUUUGCAUUAAAACACGCAAAACCAGUGAGUUCAAAAUAAACGAAAUACAAAUCUUGGAGUAGCUUCAACUUAUAUUAUAGUAUACAAAUCUAUUAUACGGAUAUAAUCAGAGUGUUUUACACUAGCCAACAAACAAACCAGUCGAAUCAGAAACAUUUUUACGAAGAACUACCUCAAAAAGCAGACAAACAAACGAAAAGUGAACCGAAAAGUGUACAAAAACUAAAAACGAAUCUUCGAAAAAUCAGUACAAAGCCCCGCAGUUUUUCAAUACAACUGCAUAGCCAUGCCAGUGUUUGAGCUUAAAUGGCGUCUUCAAUUUUAGCCCAGAGCAGCACAGGUGCUACCGUCGACAGCAGCAACUUGGGAGCAACUGCAGCAGCAGCCACAUCUGUGGAGGCCACCGUGUCCAGCCUGCACAACACCCAUCUCAACCAGCUGAGCAGCCUCAGUCAGCACUACACCACGCCGUACCACCAUCCGCAUUCGCAUCCGCAUCAUCACUACCAGCAGCACUAUCCGCAGCAACAACAUCUGCAGCAGCAGCAACAGCAGCAGCAUCACGCCCAGCAGCAACAUCAGCAGCAGCAGCAGCAACAGCAGCAGCAGCAGCAGCACUGGGACUACUAUGCCAGGCAGCAGCAGCAACAUCAACAGCAGCAGCAGCAACAGCAACAGCCAGCGGCCGCCACCGGCAACACCAACGGCAACAGCAGCAACAACGGCAACAACAACAGCAACGCCGACGGCAGCAAUACCACGGUUCCAGCGCCUUUGGGCAGCAGCAGCAACAGCAGCAGCAACCAUGCUAAUGCUGCAAGUGGAGGCAACAGUGGCCAGCGGCACGGCGAUGCCAAUGCCAAUGCCAUUUCCGCCGCCUCCUCCGCAGUAGGAAAUCCGGGUAACCAGCAACCCAACAACUCAGCCGGCAACGCCAACUCGAAUUCGAACUCCAAUUCCAACUCGAACGGCAGCUACACGCGUCCCUGGGAAAUGGAGUCCAAGGACAAUGGACCACAACCCCAGGCGCAACCACAUCUGCAGCUGAAGAGCGGCUUCGAGCCGUUCUCCAAGCUGCCGUCGUUUCAAAGCCAGUUCCAUGGCUUCAAUGAGCAAUUACUACCGGAUGGAACACCCAUGCCUGUGCCCAUAGGAGCAGGAGUGCCACCAGGAUCGGCAGCAGCAGUAGCAGCUGCAGCAGGUUCCAUACCUCCUGGCUCCGUAGGUCCCAAUUCAGUAGUGGGACCCGUGGGACCCACCGCCAUGAGCUCCCUGCAAACGGUGGCCAUGUCGCCGGCCAGCAUUUCGGUCAGCUCGCCGGGCAUGAUGAGUGUGGGCUCACCGUUGACCCAACUCUCGAGUCUGCAGACCAGCAUCACGCCGCCAUCAGCGGGCAGCUUUCCGGCACCACCGCCGCCGAACGCCUUCGCGCACCACCACGCCCUCAAUCCACACCACCAUCAUCGAGGAGCCAGCGGGUAUCCCACGCCCUACGCGGAGCUGCCACUCUAUCCGGGAUUCACCCCGUUGAGUGUCAAGAAGGAGCCGAGCUCGGGCAGCAGCGACUUCGAGAUGCUGCUCAAGAAGGAGGACUUUGAUCUCAGCAACAGCGGUGGCGGCGGACUGAUCCACCAUCCGCUGCAGCACGGCCAGCCGCAUCCCAUACCCAUGGGCAUGCACACGCCCACCUCGUACGAUGGCAACAACAGCAACAACAGCUAUCCGCAGGCGGCUGGCGGUGGAAGUGGCAGUCAUACGCCGCACACCACCACCACCCAGCCCACGCCCACCACCACCACUCCGGUCAAGGUCGAGAAGUUGCUGCAGUCGCCGAUAGCUCGGCUAGAAGCGCGGAAGAAAGAGCGCCGGAAACAGCGGCCCAAUUCGCUGGAGUCCAGUGCCGAGAGUGAGGCCAGCGGCAUGGACGUAGACCCCAGCAAUCCUGGCCAAGUGGACGCCGUCUCCAGCACGGCCAAUUUCAAGAGUCCGUUGAGUGCCCUGGGCAUGGGGGAUAGCAACGAUGCCAAUGCCAGUGGAUGCGACAAGCAGGACUACGGUCGUCGCCACCAUCUUCCGCCACCCACACUGAACCACCCGCCAAUGACACUGCCACCACCCACAAUCACAAUAACACCCACCACUCACAACCAUAACCACCAGAACCACAACCACAACCACUCCAACGACAACUCCUCUUCCUGCUCUCUUUUCCAGUCCAAGAAGAAGCGCAAGCGGUGCGGCGAGUGCGUGGGAUGCCAGCGCAAGGACAACUGUGGGGAGUGCGCCCCCUGCCGAAACGACAAGAGCCACCAGAUCUGCAAGCAGCGCCGCUGCGAGAAGCUCACCGAGAAGAAGGAACCCAAAGCCAAAACCAUCGUAUUCGGUGCUGAUGGUCAGCCCGUUCGACCCGAUUCGAAACGCGGCCGAGGCAAAGGAAAGUCAUCUGGUUCCGGAAAUGGAUCGGUUAACGCCACAGGUAUCGCCGCCGGCAAUGGAACACCAACCACUGGGCAGUCACGCGCCCGCAAAAACUCCACCAAAGCAAACAAACUGAAUGCAGCCGCUGCAUCAGCAACAUCGCCUCGUCUAAGUCCAGUGCCUGCAGCAACACUGUUGCCGCAGCAAUCGCCAAAUACCACAUCAGCAACAGGCAACCUGCAGCAGCAGCAACAGCAGCAGCAGCAGUACCAGCAGCACCAGCAACUUUUGUCGCAGCAGCAACUACUGUCGCAGCAGCAACAGCAGUACCAGCAGCCGCAGCAGCAACAGCAGCACUUCCAGCAGCAGCAGCAGCACUUGCAGCAGCAGCAGCACGCACAGCAGCAACAUUUGCCACAGCAGCAACAUCAGAUAACCGCACAAAUCCAAACCAUGAAGGAUCAACCGCAACAGCCCAUGGCACCCAUGGCCUUCUAUCCCACAUGGCAGGCGGAUCCAUCGCAGGGCUGGCAGAACCAGUUCAUACAGCAGAUACCACAGAACACACCGGCCAUAACGUCCUUGAACUCCCUGGACUUCCAGACGCAGUCGUAUGCGUAUCCCUCGAACGGCUACGUGCAGUCGGGAUUGGGAUUCGAUCCCAACUACGGUAGGUCGCCAUAUGCGGCGCCAGUGCAGCGCUACGACUUCCAGAGCCAGCAGCUGUCCACGGCUCCGUCGGCCAUCAACCAGGUGGGUCUGCAGAGUGUGGCGGGAUUCGCGCCCAGCUACGCAGGGCAGGUGUCCGCCGCACCAGUGCCGCCGUCGCAGCAGCAACAACAGCAGCAGCAGCAACAGCAGCAGCAGCAUCUGGGAGCGGACCUGAACAAGACGAUGUCGGGAAACGACACGCCUGGAUAUCCGCGGGUGAGCAGCGUGCCGCCGCGCUCACUCAACUGUAACGGGUAUUCAGGCGAUUACAGCGGUUCCCCAGCCACCAACAGCAACAGCAACAACAACAGCAGCAGCAACACCAGCAACACGAACAACAGCAACCCCAGCAACAACAACGCCACCACAGUGGUCAGCGGAGGCACCACCACGCCAGCCCCACCUCCUACAGUGGUGGCCCAACCCGCCUCCUCGCCCAUGCAGCCACCCAACCAGGCGGUGCCCCAGUCGCCCACGCGCAGCAACAUGCUGCAGCAGCAGCAGCAACACCAGUCGCCCACGGGCAACGGGCUGCAGCCCUACGUGGCACCGCAGCAGCAGCAACAACAGCAGCAGCAACACCUCUCCUCGCCACCGAUGCAGGACUGGAACUGGCAGCAGCAACAGCAGCAGCAGUCUUUGGGCGGCGAGGGCUAUGCCCAGGGUGAGAGACUUCAUCUGAACACACGCAUCAAGUCGAUGAUCAUGCGCAAGAGCGACCCCAAGGAUCCGCCGCCGGACCUGCAGCAGCAGCCGCAGCAGGUGCAGCAGCAGUCGGCGGUGCAGCAGCAACAGCAGACCGGUCAUUUUUUAUCGUAUAGCCACCAUCUCCGGCCCGAAGCGGCGCUGAGCGCCAACGGACCGAGCAGUGCCACGCCCACCCACCCACUGCCCAACCUGCAGCAGCAGCAGCAGCAAGUGCAGCAAGUGCAGCAGGUGCAACAACAGCAGCAGCAACAGCAGGCGGUUGGUGGGCCAGUGGCUGCCGAGCCGAUCGGAGGUGGUGGCGAUCAUAUCUGGAAGCCGCACCACGCCAACUCGUUUAAGAAGCCCAGCGUGGUUAGCGGCUAUCCGGCAGCAGGACAGGAUGCACAGUUGCAGCUGCAGUUGCAGCAACACCAGCCAGGACAGCACACGACGAUCAACCACUCGGUCGAUCCGCCAGUGGUGCCACCACAACAACAUCCUCCAGUAGCCGCUGCCCAGCCCAAGAAGUCGAGAAGUCGCAGCAAAGCCAGUCGUGCAGCGGCGGCGGCAGCAGCAGCAGCGGAGGCAGCGGCGGAGAUCGAUCGGGAUCGAAACUCCACGGAUCCAGGAGGUGGUGGCCUGAAACCGCUCAGUGCUCACUAUCCCCCGCAUCCACAUGCCGCUGGAGGACCGCCACCGGGCCAGGACUAUCAUUCGCAGUACAUCAAGACCGAGCCCGGCUUACUUGGUCCUCCGCAGCCAAAUAAAAUGGAGGGCUACGAGCGGAACUACCAGAACUUCAUCCAGUAUGCGGACUUCUGCCAAAACGAUGGCCAAGGACAGCCCGUGCAGCAGCACCAUGGUCAUGGGCAGCAGGACUACGCCGGCUAUCAUCACAACUCCGCCUAUUAUGGCGCCGGAGCCAGUAGUUUUCAGCAGAACUUCCAGCAGAACUUUGUCCCGGGAUACCAGCACUCCACCUACGGCGGCAGAGGGAAGCCGCCUGCCAACCAACCGCACCAGAUCCACGGACAUGGUCAGAGUUUGAUGGAACUGGAUCGUAAACCGGAUACCAACAGCAUCAUACCACUGCCCACGAACUACGAGAAGGAUAUACCCGCCUAUCCCAUUCCACCGCAUCGCUAUGCCCUGGGACACGGAGCUCCUCCGCACUUGAGUCACCACGGAAUGCUGGAACCCAAGAUCGAGGACAUGGGAAUGCUGGGACACGGUGGAGGCUAUGCCUAUCUGGGGAGUGAGGGAAAACCACUGAACAAUGGGUUCUCCUGUUGCCGACAGGGUGGCACUCGUCCACCCACCGCGGAGCACUUAAAGGACGGAACCUGCCUGGGAUUGGGUAUACAACCCAAGGAGGAACUCAUCGACGAGGACGAACUGAUAGACACCCAUGGCAAUGGGCUCAAACCCAUUGGUGGUGUGGGCAAAGCCAAGGGAAAACAGAAGCCCGAUGAGAUCCCUGAGAUUGUGGUGAAGCACGAGAAAAUCAACCCCAUGUUUGACACCACGGAUCGUCUGGAGAAGGGCAACAAGACAGAGAUUCCCGAGUGCGAGUGCUUCCAGUCCGACAAGAAUCCUCCGGAGCCGGGUACUUACUACACACAUCUAGGCACGGCUUCGUCCCUAAUGGAUUUGCGAAGAGAAUUCGAGGAGCGUUGCAACCUGACGGGUCGUCAGUUGAGAAUCGAGAAGAUCGUCUACACGGGCAAGGAGGGCAAGACUUCACAGGGAUGCCCGGUGGCCAAAUGGGUCAUCCGGCGGGCUGAUCUCGAAGAGAAGAUUCUGGUGGUGGUCAAGAAACGACCGGGUCACAGAUGCAUAGCUGCAUAUAUUGUAGUGUGUAUGGUGGCCUGGGACGGAAUGCCUCGCCUGGAGGCGGACAACGCCUACAAGAAUCUUAUCCCAAAGCUGAACAAGUACGGCCUGCCCACCACGCGAAGAUGUGCCACCAAUGAGAAUCGCACCUGUGCCUGCCAAGGACUCGAUCCGGAAUCGUCGGGCGCCUCGUACUCCUUCGGCUGCUCCUGGUCGAUGUACUACAAUGGCUGCAAGUACGCCCGCUCCAAGACGGUGCGGAAGUUCCGGCUGUCCGUGAAGAGCGAGGAGGCGGCCAUCGAGGACCACAUGAACCUGAUUGCCACCCUGUUGGCGCCGGUGUUCAAGCAGGUCUGUCCGCGAUCCUACGACAACCAGACGAAGUACGAGCACGAGGCCAGCGACUGCCGGCUGGGUCUGGAGCCCGGAAAGCCCUUCUCAGGGGUCACCGCCUGCCUGGACUUCUGCGCCCACUCCCACAGGGAUCUGCACAACAUGCAGGAUGGCUGCACGGUGCACGUAGCGCUGCUGAAGCCCGGCAACCGGGACACCCGCCUCCCAGACGACGAGCAGUUCCACGUCCUGCCGCUCUACACGAUGGACGGCACGGAUGAGUUCGAGAGCGUCGAGGGUCAGAGGGACAAGCACCGCACCGGGGCGGUGCAAAUGCUGGACAAAUUUCCCUGCGAGGUACGCGUGCGAUCAACACCUUUGAUACCGUGCAGAAGGCAUGGCAAGAAGCGAAAGGACGGCGACGAAGCGGCGCCACCUGACGGUGAUCAGGAUGCGGUGGGGGAUGCCAACAGCCAGAGCAGCUCCAGCAACGGUGCCCAGUCCCAAGCCCAAGCCAACAACCAGCAGAGCAGUCCGCCAGCCCUGGGAACCGCGCACAUCAAAAAGGAGAACGGCACUGGUGUGAACGCCAAUGGAGCGAGUGGCAAGUCGAAGGGCAAGGGAAAGUCCAACCAGUCCAAUAACUCGAGUGCUUCCACGCCGGGAUCUGCGCCUCCGUCGACUCCCUCGCCGCGGUGCCAGACUCCAGUAACUAACAAUCCCAGUCCGGCGGGAAGUGCUUUUAGUACCCCACCCGUCCACGGAUCCAAUGCCAAUCCCCAAAACAAUGGUGGCCAAGCCACGGGCAAUCAACCCGGACAGCUCAUGAGCUCCAACUCCAGCCUGAUGAACAUGGCCACCAUGAUCGACACCUUCACGGAUGCCCAGCUGCAGUCCAACCAGAUCUCAAGUACUGUCCUAGACUCGCCGUACUCCUAUGACUACCAGACGGCUUCCUACAUAGACUCCCGGAACUACUACGGGCAGUGGCCAACGCCCCAUGCUCCGAUGGGCAUGCAGGCGCAGGUGGGUGGAUUAGGAGGAGGAGGUCCAGGAGGAACGGUGACAGGCGUGCCACCUCUGACACCCACUACUCCUACGGCUCAACCACAAUUGGGAGUUCCGCCGGCGACUUCCAUUCCCGGAGGAACGACCACCGGAGCACCAACAGGAGCUCUUCCGGCCACAGCUCCGCCUACGGCUACCCCAACACAGCUGGAAACGAGCAAUGGCUAUGGACCUGGCAACUACCAAACCCUCGUCAGUAAUCCCGCCUCGAAUCUAACCAAUCCCGGAGGAGUAACCACGGAGGUGCAGCAACAACAUCAGCAGGCCCAACAGCAACAGUCCGCGCUGACAGGAGGAGUGGGGCCCGGUGGCCUGCCCGUUGUGGGUGGGGCACCUGGUGACCUCAAGAGCCGACUGGUCAGCGAGGAGAAUCCCGACUCCACUACCCUGGUCAACCACCAUCACCAUCAUCACAAUCUCACGGAGAGUAAACUAACCGCCUUGACGGCCAUGCAACCGAUGACGAACCUCGCACCGCUGACCACCUCGCACCAUCCGCAGGAGGGAUUCGUGAAGCCAAAGCCACCGCCCAGCGACUAUACGGCCCAGUACACGGCUCAGUAUCCGAACAACUACCAGAUGUACCCGCCUCCACCACCACCGCCGCAUUCGGCGUACUCCGCCUAUGAUGCCUAUCAGAACAUGAACUACAACUACGGGUAUCAUCAGGCGUACUCGCCGUACGGAAUGUAUCCACAGCAGACGCCUCCACCCACGCCUCCUCCGCCAUCGCCCAACUGGAACAUGUAUGGUCACCAUCAGACGGGGUCCGUGAACUCAGGUUAUGGCAGUGCAAAUCCUGCUGCAGGAGCGGGUUCCUUGAUAGCCAGCCAUGGGUCAGUAGCUCCCGCGGGCGUGGGCCUCCAGAAAGCGAUGGUUCCAGUGCCAGGACCACUGCAUCAUCAACAGCAACAGGUGCUACAGCAGCAGCAGCAACAGCAGCAACAGCAGCAGCAACAACAACAGCAACAGCAGCAGCAGCAACAACAGCAGCAACAGGAAGCUCCGCAAACGAUAUUACCCGACCUGAGCAAUGGCCAAACCAACUCCGAUACAGUAGCAACGCCCACGCCGACUGGAGAUUCCUCCAGCAAUGAUGCGGGUCCUGGCAACCCGGGAGCUGGAAACCAAGCGCCCGCAAGUGGAGCAGGUGCAGCAACAACGGCACCUCCCGUCGCCUCGCCAGGAAGCACCAAUUCCAGCAAAAUCGAGCCCAUUGGCGAGGUGGCUGAGAUCAAUGAGAACAUCGAGGCCUUCCAGGAUCCGCAAAUGGGCGGCGUGGCCAUAGCCCUGAAUCACGGCAGUGUCCUGAUAGAGUGUGCCAAGCACGAGAUGCACGCCACGACGGCGGUGCGCCGGCCAGAUCGCCAUCACCCCACGCGGAUGACCCUGAUCUUCUACCAGCACAGGAACCUCAAUCGAUGUCGCCAUGGCAUCGACGAGUGGGAGGAGAAGAUGCGGGUGAAGAAGAUCAACACGGACCUAGACAACAAAGCCAAAGAAGAGCGCGAGCGACUGAUAAAGAAGGCGGCGGGCGAGGACAUGGACGACCUCGACGAGGAUGCACUGAUGCAGGACGAGCCCGUGCCCAUUAAAAAGGAAUCCUCCGCCAAUGGCCAACAGCUAAAGAACGGAGCCAGCGGCAGUAAAAAGAAGAAGAGCAGCGAUUCCAAAAAGUCCCAGGCCAACGAGCAGUCAAAAAACGAGAAGGUUGCCCUCCACGCACCAACACUGACGACCACGUCGUGGACGACCCUGUUCCCCACGCAUCCGUGCGUGGUUUCGGGGAAAUACCCGGAGGGCAAUAGCAGUCCGACCUCGUCCACGAACAACGCGCCCAACGGUGGUGGCUGCCCCGCCCAGCAGCAGCAGCAUCUGCCUCCUCCGCCUGGCAGUGGGCUCAUCCACCCACCGCCGGGCACGCCCACUGGCACCGCAGCACCGCCGCCGCUGCCCACUCCGCAUCAGCAGCUGCCGCAGCAGCAGCAGACCUGAAUCUCUUCAGGCUGAGAGGCUACUACUGGUAACCAGCGCCGGAGUCCGCUGCAUAGGCCUAAUCUUAAGAAUCCACACAAAUCGAUCCUGUUCCGGGUUUAAAUUACGAUCGAACCUGGCGGCUCUGAGAGUAAUAAAUUGAACACAUUUUAGAUAUAUUUGAAUUGAAUUCGAAAAGAAGAGUUUCUUGAACUUCGAUUUAAAGCACUUUCAAUUAAAGAGUUUUCAACGCAAAGUUAUUCCAAAAAGCUAGAUUGAAACCAAAAACUUUGACAAAUACAUAAGAGCACUAAAUUUUUACUCGAUUUACUUCAGAAAUAAUGAGGAAAGUAAUUGAAAUUUUUUUCGAAAACCGCCAAACUAAAUCGAAAUGAAACUGAAGAACAGGAUUGUAUGACUGAAAAUUCACUCAAAGCAAAGAAAAACGGAGACAGAAGAUUUAAUUAUUUUUGUAAAUGCGUUUGAUUUAGUGUGCCAUAGGAGGAGAAUUAGAAGAGUCCCCGGAAAAAGAGUUGCAGUUGAAAGAGUACAGUUGACGCUGCCGGGCCAGAGUUGUCACCAUUCCACAAGAAAAUACCCAGAUACAUCACACUUCACUCAGCAAAAAUCACACAAAAAUAACAAGUUUCUAAACUGAAAGAGCAGUUAGUUUAAAAUCAACUAUUAACUUUAGUUUCUUAAGAGCCAGCAACAAAACGAUUUCUGUUAAAUGAGUUAUUUUUAAAGACAAGCAGGAAGCAAACUACAGAACUACAGAACAAGAACAAAACGAAUACUACUAAAACAAAAACUAAAUAAAGAAAUUUUUGCUUAGAAACAAAAAGUCAGACUAAGAGUUAGUGGGAGUUGAAAAAAGAUCAUUGCCAAAAGUACAAAUAAACCAUUUUUUAACAAGCAACUAGAAAAACGUAAAGAAUUUCGCAAGACAACAAAAGAAAAUAGUUGGUAACAGAGAAAAACAGUUUUUACAAAAGAACUACACUACACUACAAGAGUUUUAAAUUUAGUUAAAUACCCAUUUUCCAACAAUUUGACUAUCCUUUGGGAUUGGCUCGAACUUGAGUGGCAGUGCCAAUCGAAUUUAAAUUGUACGAACGAAACAGAUGGCGAAUUUCUGUCAAGAAAAAUUAUGUUUACACUGAAAGAAAUUCCCCAUAUGCUCAGCUGAAUUAUCAUUCGAUACCAGACAACAAGCAGGAAGUUUAAAAUGGUGCGAGCAGGACAACUAGAACUACAGCUAGAGAAGAAUUGAAUAUUUUUGAGCUCGGAAGAAGGAGACAAACAGAGCGGCACACGCCUGCUGAGAAAGAGUUAGACCGAUAAACGCGUAAGGCAGCAAGACAUUUUUAAACUUUAAUCAUAAUUUAAACUAAGUUUAAGCAACACACAACACACACACAUGCAAAACACGAAAGUUAAAUAUAUUUAUUUAUGCGCAAAUCGACGGCAAAUAAGGGGUUUAAUUCUAGUUAUUAUUAUUUCUGCAAGAUUUAGUUUGAAAAACCCAAAAAGACUCGAAACCAAUCAAGUAUUAAGCACUAAACAACCAACAACUAAUACUAAACUUAUUUGCCUAACCAUUUGUAAUUGUUGUAUAAAACUCAAUGAAUAAUUUGCAUCCAUCCAAAAGGUAACAUACAAUUAAAGAUUAGAAUGCAAAUGUGGCAGCGCAACUGAAUUUCAAAUCAAAUUAGUCUACAUAUACAUAUAAAUAUAUUUUGCACAAAAUAAAACAGAAGAGCGGAAAGGAAAGGAUAAGCAAAACGGUUAUUGAUAAUACGAUCCUUGAUGAUCCUGGACGAACGGACAUAUAGAUCGUAUGUAAACUGUACGUAAUGUAAUUUAAAUGUAAGGCAGCGAAGAAGACUUUUGAGCAACAAGAAAAAACAUGUUUUGAUAAAUAUUUAAAUGUUUAUAUAAUAUAUUAAUAUAACUUAUGAUAAUUGAUAAUUGAUUAACUGAUUACGCAAGCCAACAACAACUAUUAUAGUUUGUAAAUGCUUUUUUAUCAUUUUCAAAUAAAAGCAAAUCCUUUGCCAUCAUUAAGUUACACACCCCAAAACGACUUUUGAGUUUCGCGGGGCGCUCGGCGUACACCUUUUACAUAAACUAUACGUAUAUUGGCAUAUGAUAAAGCAGAAACAAAACCAAUUAACACUCAACACUGAGCAGCAUAAGUAAUAAGCGGAAAUAAGAAAUCAGAAAUUAGAACUCAGAAAUCAGAAAUCAGAAAAGAGCUCGAAGAUAUCGCACCUGACUUAGCGACAGUCGGGUGCAGAAUCAGAUAGAGAUACGAUAUAGCGAGAUACAUACAUAUUGUAAAACGAUACACAACCCGAGAACGUAUAUACAGAUUGUGAAGCACGAAGCGGAUGGAUGAAAAACGUAAAUUAUAUUUAUUUAAAGUACGCGCAUGGAAAGCAAACAGAUAUUAAUAUUAAAUAAAACGAAAACAAAGUUAA